AUGGCGCUUCGCUGGGGCAUCGUGUCCGUUGGCCUCAUAUCCAGCGACUUCACGAAGGUGCUGCAUAUGUUGCCUCGCUCGGAGCAUCAGGUGGUGGCAGUGGCGGCCCGCGACCUAAGCCGAGCGCAGGAGUUUGCCCAGAAACAUGACAUCCCCAAAGCUUACGGCUCCUAUGAGGAACUUGCCAAGGACCCGAAAGUGGAGGUGGCGUACAUUGGCACCCAACAUCCGCAACACAAGGCUGCCGUGAUGUCCUGCCUGGCAGCAGGCAAGGCCGUCCUCUGCGAGAAACCUAUGGGCGUGAAUGCUGCAGAAGUGCGGGAAAUGGUUGCGGAGGCUCGCUCCAGAGGCCUCUUCCUUAUGGAGGCCAUCUGGACACGCUUUUUUCCUGCCUAUGAUGCUCUGAGGACUGCCCUGGCCCAGGGAGCUCUGGGGGACCUUCGAGUGGCACGGGCGGAAUUUGGGAAUGACCUCACCCAUGUACCCCGGGCCUUAGACUGGGCACAGGCUGGUGGAGGUCUGCUGGACAUCGGCAUCUACUGCCUCCAGUUCAUCUCCAUGGUCUUCGGCAGGCAGAGGCCUGAGAAGAUUUCAGCCAUGGGAAGGCGCCAUGAAACUGGUGUGGAUGACACGGUCACUGUGCUACUGCAGUACCCAGGAGGGGUCCACGGAAGCUUCACCUGCAGCAUCACUGCCCAGCUAUCCAACACAGCCUCUGUGAGCGGCACUAAGGGCAUGGCCCAGAUCCUGGAUCCCUGCUGGUGCCCAACAGAGCUGGUGGUGAAGGGGGUGCAUAAGGAGUUCCCGCUGCCCCCCACUGCGGAUAAGUUCAAUUUUACAAACGGGACAGGCAUGAGUUAUGAGGCCAAGCAUGUCCUGGAAUGCCUGCGCAAGGGCUUGAAGGAGAGUCCUGUGAUCCCCCUGGCGGAAAGUGAGCUCCUGGCUGACAUCCUUGAAGAAGUGAGGAAAGUCAUUGGAGUCACCUUCCCCCAAGACAAACACUGA